UUGAUACGCGCAUCAACUUGGCCAAUGUGCAUGGCCUAUUCGCAGUGUACUUGUACUUAUGUAGAUAUGUACAUAAGUAUUUUGCAUGCCGAUCAGGCGGGACGCCAAAGUUUAUGAAAUUGUUCUUAAAACCUUACUUUUUUUAAGGCGUCGAUGGGUAAGGCAAUCGAAUAGUACGCGAUUUGGGUAUCUACCUGCCAACCAUCGGCCAGAAAACGCACAGAAUUAUCGCGUUUCCGGCGUUCGCGUUUUAAGUCACGACGCGAAAAUUUUAAAAUUUAUGCUACCAACAAAUAGGCUAAACAACAAAAAACAAAACAAACAAAAAACAAUUAGGCGUUCCGUCAGACAAUUCGAAAUCGGGCUGCUUGAAUAGAGCGUGCACAAUAGCGUUGAAAUUGUAAUUGGGCCGGGUGCUAAGCGGAUUGAAUCUAAACUGAUCUGAACUGGGCGUAUUUGUGCUCUAGCUGGCAAUCAAGUUGAUUAAAAACAAUACUCAGCAUUGAACGGAUUACGCCCUCAAAAUGAAGUCGAAUCCGGCUUCGGAUCAUGUCUAUUUCAAUGAUGGCUUCAAGUGCUCCACAAUCAGCAUCAAUACCAACAUAGCCGAACAAAAUGGCGGAAGCGGAAGCGGGAGUGUGGGAGGCGGCUCACAAGGAUCCAAAGAGUUUAUACUGACCGAGGAUGGCAAGAAGGUGAAGCCACCCCUCAGCACUAUAGAGUGCACGCGGAGCUGGUUGCAGGAUGCGGGCAAGCGUACCUUCAACCGGAAGACUCUUCACAAACGCUUGCCCAUUCUGCGAUGGCUGCCACACUAUAGCUCCGAAGAUGCGAUUGGCGACCUGGUAGCAGGCAUAACCGUAGGAUUAACAGUGAUACCUCAGGCGUUGGCCUACGCCGGCAUUGCCGGACUUCCCGUGGCGUAUGGAUUGUAUGGCUCCUUCCUCGGCGGCUUUGUUUACGUGAUGCUGGGAAGCUGCAAGGAUGUGCCAAUCGGACCGUCGGCCAUAGUGGCGCUGUUGACAUAUCAGGCUGCGCAAGGUUCCUGGCAAAAGUCCGUCCUGCUCUGCCUGCUUUGUGGCAUAGUCGAGCUGCUGAUGGGAGUGUUUGGAUUGGGUUUUCUGAUCGACUUUGUAUCCGGCCCUGUGUCCUCUGGCUUCACCUCGGCCGUUUCGCUCAUCAUAUUGACUUCCCAGAUUCAAAGCAUUCUGGGCAUUUCAGCGAAGGGGAACACCUUCGUCGAGAUCUGGCGGCAAGUUUUCCAAAACAUUGGAAACACCCGCGCCAGCGACACAAUUCUGGGCAUCACUUGCAUCGUGGUGCUGCUAAUGAUGCGCAUGUUGCCUUCUUGUAAGAUCGGAUCCGACCAGCAGGAACUGAACUCCCGCUUUCAGCGGAUUGUGAACAAACUGCUCUGGAUUAUAGGCACAGCCCGCAAUGCCAUUCUGGUCAUUGUUUGCUGCUUCAUGGGCUACCUGCUGCAUAGUGAGGAGCAUGGAACGCCAUUUGCUGUAGUUGGAGCCAUUCCCGCCGGACUACCCAGCAUCCAGCUACCGCCCAUCUCGCUCAGCUCCAACGAGAGCAGCAACGGCGAAGCGCAGAGUUUCAUAGAUAUGGUGCGCAGUAUGGGCUCCGGUCUGAUUGUAGUACCGCUGAUCUCGCUCAUGGAGAACAUUGCCAUAUGUAAGGCUUUCGCCAAUGGCAAGUCGGUGGAUGCUUCGCAAGAACUAAUUGCUAUUGGAACGGCCAACAUCUUUAACUCCUUUGUGCAGGGAUUCCCUGGCACGGGCGCCUUAAGCCGUGGCGCGGUCAACAAUGCCAGUGGCGUGCGAACACCCUUGAGCAACAUUUAUUCGGGCGCUUUGGUAAUGGUGGCUCUCGUUUUCCUCACACCAUACUUUUACUUCAUACCACGACCUACGCUGGCGGCUAUCAUCAUUUCUGCCGUUGUAUUCAUGGUCGAGGUGAAAGUUGUCAAGCCAAUGUGGCGGGCCAAAAAAAGUGACCUGGUGCCCGGAAUUGGGACCUUCUUCGCUUGCCUGGUGCUACCGUUGGAAUGGGGCAUUUUGAUCGGCGUCGGUCUUAAUGUGAUUUUCAUUCUGUACCAUGCGGCCCGCCCCAAGCUCAGUACAGAGCUUCUGAGCACACAAUCGGGAAAUGAGUACCUGAUGAUCACACCCGAUCGCUGUCUGAUAUUUCCGUCCGUCGACUAUGUCCGCAAUCUGGUGAACAAGCACUCGAUGCGCCAGAACGUUCCUGUGGUGAUAGAUGCUUCGCAUGUAUAUGGCGCUGAUUUUACAGCUGCCACCGUCAUAGAGUCGCUACUUAGCGAUUUUAACAAACGGGAGCAGCUGCUGUUCUUCUAUAACUUGAAGCCGAGCAUUUGCGCAAUCUUCGAGCAGGUCUCUGCAACGCAAUUCGUUGUCUACUAUGAGGAGCACCAGCUCGAUGAAUUGCUCAAAAAGCACCAUUAUGAACAGAAACGCUUGGAGACAGCAUGAGCACAAUCACGUGAUAAACUUAGUUUUAAGAAACAGUUUGCUUAUACCAUUAGAUUUACUAUUUAUGGUAAUUAGAUUUUAAGGCGUCCUUAAGUAUUAGCUGCGCACAAGCACAAUCUCCUACUAGAAUCAUUAGGCAACCAACGAUAAAUACAAAAAUUAAUGUAAAAAGCUUUUUAUUAUGCUGUGAGAUGCUAGAUUUGCGUAUUAUAGCUUGAAGUACAAGUAUUAAGAAAAAUGAAAUAAAACUGAACACGUUGAAUUUAAA